AUGUGGCUGCAGAGACUGCAGACACUCGUGAAGGGUGAAGUAUGGAAGGGGGGACAAGAGAACGAUGUUCGGGUACAAGAAGGGCUGCUGAGGCAGCUGGUGCAGCAAGGCUUCGAGAGAGAGGCUGCAAAGGCGGCUCUCAAGAAGACGAACAACGAUGACUUCGCUGCCUUGCUCAUCCUCACCAGCCCGCAAGAAGCAGAGCCCGACAAUAAAACGGAUUUCUCGUCCGAUGACUCCAAUGAAGCGAAGCAACAACGACUGCUCGACUACUUCCGCGAUCUGGGAGAUCAAUACUGGGGCUGGCAGAAUGAAAGUGCGAAACGCGGCAGAGGAUUUAAAGGUGCUCUCAAGUCGAACUUUCUGCCGCUCCUUGAUGAUAUACGGAGACUGGCUGCCGAUGACCUGCCGUUCUGCGAUUCGUUCGCUGUGCCUUACCAAGCUCUGUGCUUCUUGAAUCGUGGUUUGGACGAGUGCCCUCCCAUGGCGGAAGAUCGCGAUCGCGACAGAUAUAGAAUGUCCAAGGAGACAGGCCCGAUCCUUCCAAAGCUGCUUUCACGAAUUGCGAACCUUAACCAGGAGUCCUACAAGAACAGCCUAGUGUGCGAACUUGUCAAAGAGACCUUUGCGAUUCUUGAGAAGUUAUGCACUCAAGCGAUCUCAUCGAAAUUGGAUACCAUCACUAGACUUCAAGGGGUUAAUUGUAUUUUGGGGUUUGUCAGAGAGUUCGAUGGUCUUGUGAGCAUCUCACAGGGUAACGCCGGGCUCCCUGGAGCUAGCGGAAAGCUUACGCCAGUGGCUCUGCAUCCAGCCAUACGCUCACUUCCCCUUUUCGUGUCCUCGAUCAAAUCUUCAGACUUGAAGUGUUACCUUGAGAUCGCGAAAGCGCUACAAGAUCUUGGACAUCUGUUGUCGAGGAACGACCCAACUUUGGUUGAAGGGGUCUUGACUGUGUACUCUGCAUUUCUUCGCUCGUUGGACAAGCUUUCUCCAAGCAUGGUAUUCGACAGCUUCGUACCAGAGGGAGGAUCAGUCUUGUCGGCACUUUUGAACCUCUUGGCAACUUGCCAGCACUCCAAGAUAUUUGUCGAUGAAAGCCACACCUCGCACAGCGCUGUGCCAACAAAGAUACUGGAGUUUAUAGAAACUGCUUUGAACGGAGAUGGCAAGCAGAUAAGGAUGACGGGGAUCCUGUCUCUUGUCGAUGACCUGCUAGGGUGCAUCACGGAAGGACAUGCCAAGAUUUACAAAGAUGCAUCAAGAUUCAGAGAAAUAGACUUGUCCAAAGGGAUCAUCGAUACUUCAGAUGACAACAUGGAUGACUCAGAAAUAAAAGAAGGCUUUGAUUUUGAUGAUGAUGAAAUUCCGCACAGAUCUUUCGCGGAAUUGCAAGAAAGAAGAGCUGAAUUUGAAAUCAGAAUGCAUAGCUGUCUGGGACCCGAGUUCGAAGGGGUCAGGAUUGGAAGUGGGGUGAUCAAGAUGGUGGACAAGGGUGCGAAGGUGUUGUCAUCAGCGGUACGGAGAAGGGCGCAGAAGGUUGGAUUCGUGUGCAGUGGGAUGCUGGUGGUCGGAAUGGGUAUAGAUGGGGUGCAGAAGAGGCAUACGAUGUGCAGCCAGUUCACAGCAAUGCCUUGGCCUAUGCGUUGCAACAGAAAGAUGCUGAAGGCCUUGAACAAGUCAUACGUUUAA